AUGAAUGGUAGAAGCUUCAUGGAGAGCCGUGGUUACACAUUUCAUAAGAACCUGGGGGAAGGAAUGUAUGGCAAAGUUAUAAGUGCGCACUCAUCCCACCUGGACAAAAAGGUCGCCAUAAAGGUUAUGGAUAAAAAAAAGUUACAUUAUAAUUACUUGGAGAAGUUUCUGCCCCAGGAAAUGCAGAUCAUCAGGUCGCUGAACCAUCCCAACAUUGUCAAGACUAUUGAUAUCUUUGAAUCAAACACAAAAAAGGUCUAUGUGGUGAUGGAGCUCUGUGCAAAAGGAGACCUCUUGAAGCAUAUCAAUGUCAAGGGGGCCUUACCCGACCAUUCAAGCUGGAGGUUUUUCACACAGCUGUGUGAGGCCAUCCAGUAUCUUCACAGCCGAGACGUAGCCCACAGAGAUAUAAAAUGUGAGAACCUGCUGCUGGACAGAUUUCACAACCUCAAAGUGUGCGACUUCGGGUUCAGCAAGAGUUUGACUUACAUAGACGGACGGAUGGUGCUCAGUGAAACUUACUGUGGCACCUCGUCCUACGCAGCACCUGAGAUUUUGAGAAGCUUUCCAUACAACCCCAAAGUGUCAGAUGUGUGGAGUAUGGGUAUUGUGCUGUAUAUGAUGCUCUAUGCAACAAUGCCCUAUGAUGCCAACAACGUUACGAAGAUGGUGGGAAUUCAAAUGCAGCACAAUAUCGACUUCCCAAACAGUCCGUCUGUUUCUUCUGAGGCAAAGGACCUCAUCCGAAGCCUUCUGCACCCUGUUGUGGAGAAGCGGAUUACGAUCAGCAACAUAUUGCAGAGCUCCUGGGUGUUGCGGGAAGGGAGAAUGGAGGACAGUGAUGAGGACCCCACAUCACACGCUGGGUCUGGGCAAGGAGGACCUACAGAUGAAAAGGCCAGAGAGGAGGAGAAACUUACAAAAAACAGCUCAGAUCCAGGGGAAGGACCUUCAACUGCUCCCACAAGACACUGGUGUUAGAAUUAGAAGCUGACAAAACCUUAAAUAAAUACAUCAAUUAAUACUUAAGAACAAGCUACAAAGUGUU